AUGUUAAUGUUUAAUAAAUUGUUGCUAAAUAAAGCUGAAACCAAUGGUAAUUUAAUAAGGAUAAAAUUUUCAGAGAAUAUACUUAACGAAAUAUUACUAAAUAGAAUAGGUAUUGCUACCACGAAAGAUGAGAUAAAAUUCUAUAAAUAUAAAAACAAAUUAAAUAAACUGUCUCCUCUAAUAUUUAAUAAAUUGAAGCCCAAAGUUAAGUUAAUAUCAACAUCAGUUAACUCUAAUCAACUGCCGGAUUCUAAUAUACCCGAGAUUUGUGUGUAUGGCAGUUACAAAGUUGGCAAAUCGAGCCUAAUAAACGCAAUUUUAAAUAAGAGUAACUUGUGUAGAACGCAAGUUAAGACCAGUAAAUUACACUUCUACCGGGUUGGAAGCCCUGGAAUUGUGCUUUUGGUCGAUAUGCCUGGUUAUUCUAAUGCUACUUUAGCUGAUUCAGACGCAAAUGUUGAUAAAACUAGUGACAUCAAUGAAACUAGAAUGAUAGAAUUUUGUUUAUCGUAUUUAAAGUAUCGCAACAAUCUUGUUCUCACUGUCAUCUUACUGGACUCGCAUAGGGGACUAACUAAUGAUGACUUGGAACUGAUUAAUUACUGCAACCAUAACAAGUUAAAGUUCCUAAUAGUACUAAACAAGUGUGACCUAAUUAAGCCCAUUGAGUUGACUAAGAAGAUACAGGUUAUUAGAAAUCAACUAAAUAUUUUUAAACACCAGCUGUUUCCUAUUAUUCCAAUUAGUUCAACCAAAUUACAGAAUUUAGAUCAGUUACGCCAAAUAUUAACUGAUUAUAUAUCCGAAAUAAAGAUUGUUAAUAAUGAAAGUUCCAGUGUAAAACAGGCUGUCGAUAACUUUCCAAAAGCUAAGGUCAAUAAUAGUAACAGGGUAACUGGUAGGGCUACUGGCUCCAUUGGUGCACAUACUGCUGGUAGCGUUGAUAGGAUUACCAAUAAGGUUAUUAGUCGUCUUACCAGUGGCCAUGCUGGUUAUGUUACCACUGAUAUGGCCAUAGAUGAUGGCAAAAUAGCUUCUAAAAUAAAUGUAGGUGAUAAGACCGACAGUAAUAAUGAUGCAAAAAAUGAAAAUAUGGCAAUUGAGCCAAGUUUUAUGUACAAACUAGUUGGAUUAACACCCAUCAAGAUUCCUGUAACUGAUAAUCAUUCUCUAAAUUUAACUAAAUGUGCAGCUAAUGAGGUUAAAUUGGAUGUUGGUGAAGAUAAUUUAAUUAAAUUGAAUAUAAGCAACUUGGAUAUUAUCAACGCUACUAGGGAUGAUGAACCUUUGGGUGAUGAUUUGAUCAAUUGCGAUAACAAUCUAAUAGAGGAGAAGAGGGAGCUGUUUAAGGGAAAGCUGUCAAAUUACCUGUUUAAGAGGUACAGAAUAUCGCAACUGAAGCUAAACACUAGCUACAAGAGAGUCUUUUCACUAUAUAAAUCAAAGCUGAUCAGUCAAACAAGCAUCAUCGCAAAGUUUAAAAAAUAA